AAGUGUUUUGGAUUGUACCGCCAUAUUUACGUUGACAUAUUAUCUAAAAUUUUACAAAUACUUUUACUAAAAAUUUGCUUAUUUCCGUAUUAGUUCAGAAAUAGAUAUUGUAUAUUUUGUUAUUCGAUAAAAAAUUGUUCUUUUUCGGAUAUUUAUAUUUGUUUUUAAACACGUGUUAAAUGAAGAGGUUAGGGCAGGAAAAACAUUACCAUAGAACGGCAAUGCGAACGCCGUUUUAAGAAAUCUAUUAAUACACAAACUAUGAAUACAAAGGAUAAAAAAGCCGAUCAGCGUAUGAUCCCACACACAGAGCGUAAUGCGUCUGGUCGAAAUUGGGAAAUGUUUAAAAAUUUAGUAGUUCAACCAUCACCAUCAGGUUCAGAUUCUACUGAUAAAGAAAAUGUUAAUAAGAAGAAAUCUACACAUCAAAAGUCAAGAAAAAAGCAUUAUCCAUCUGUAUUGAAUGUAGAUCAUAUAUUACAUUAUGAAGGAGAAAUAGUUUAUGAUGAAAAUAAAAAGAAGCUAACAAAACAGAUAGCAAUAGAUUGUGAAAUGGUUGGCAUAGGAGAUGGCAGUGAAAGUAUGUUAGCUAGAGUAUCCAUCGUGAACCGUCAUGGUUUUUGUGUUUAUGACAAAUAUGUAAAACCAAGAGAACCUGUUCAAGAUUAUAGAACUAGAGUUAGUGGUAUUAGGCCUCAUAAUCUUCAAAAUGGAGAAGAAUUUCAGAUUGUUCAAAAUGAAGUAGCAGAAAUUUUAAGAGGUCGCACUUUAGUUGGCCAUGCAUUAAAACAUGAUCUUGAUGUACUAUAUCUUUCUCAUCCAAGGAAAUAUUUACGGGAUACUUCCAGAUUUAAAACCUUCAGACAGUUAUCUGGAGGGUAUACCCCUAGUUUGAAGAAACUUGCAUAUGAAUUAUUGGGCAAAGUAAUACAAACAGGGGAACAUAACUCUGUCGAAGAUGCAAGAGUUGCAAUGCAGUUGUACGUGCUGUACAAAAAUAUGUGGGAAUCUGAAUUUUAUUCUAAACGAUAAUUUAUACUAUAACAAUGGAUCUAUCUCUAUUAUCUAUCUUUUAAAUAGAAGAUUAUAAGAAAUACAUAGAGAAUAGGUUUAUUUUAUAUAAAAUAAUUUUGUAUCAGACAUUUGAAUUUAUCUUAUGAUCAAAUUCAAUAAUAACAUUCACAUUUUAAUUCAUAAAUUUAAAGUCUACUUAUAUACAGUGUGUCUGUUUUAUCCAUAUGUGACUAAAUAUCUUUGAAAAUAUGCAAAAUAUGUAAUACAAUAUAAAUGAUAAAUGUAAUAAAAGAGGUUUAUUUAAGAGCUCAAAAUGUUCACAGGUCCUUUUAGGGUCAUUCCAUGAGCACAUAAAUAUCAGCAGUACAUAUUUCCUAAUAUGCUACAACUUUUAUCUGAAUCAUUUUUUCGUAUUUUGUAUAUUUUUCAAAAUAUUUAAUUGUAUAUAGAUAAAACGUAAACAUUGUAUAUGUUUAAUUAAAACUGUAAUCUAUGUAAAUAGAAUACUGUUAUCAGAAUGUACAAAAAGGUUAAAAGUCUCAAAAUAUAUUUUCUUUUUAAUAAAGAUUUUA